GCUCGACCGAUUCUCUCUCCACUCUGAUCGUCUCCAGCCUCUUGAUCAGAUCUCCUACACUUUGGACAGCUUUUGAACUCCUUGCUGACUCGUGUGGAUACAGACGUUUUGGAGUUACUUCACUGACAGCUCCUCCCCCUCCUCUCCUGCUGUGAUCUGAUCCAUCACAGCCCAUGACAGCAGAUCAGACAACAUGGCUUUUUCAUCUCGCUUUUCAUUCUGGGAGCAAAAGAUCAAAGAGGAGAAUAGUCCAGAGGCUAAAGCUCCAGAACAAGAUGGAUCGCUCAGCCGGGCCAAAUCAGUACCAGCUCUAGACCCUGGUAGAGGGUUAUUCCGGGCAAAAAGCCCUCAAGCAGUUCCUCCUGCAGAGUCAGUAGCCCGGGUUAGGAGUCCCUCCCCACCUAGAGCAAGAAGCACCGUGAAAGUCCCAGAACGAUUUAAAAGCCCUGAACCAACCACAAAUAAAGCAGAGCGGUUUAGGACUCCUGAACCACCUAAAACUGCUGUGAUCUCAGAGCCAGUCAUGAACAAUGAGCAGAAUGGCAUACUGGGCAAGAGUGUAGCCAAUGGGACAACGAAUGGUAACAUCAACCAUCCAGUCACCAACACCAAUCAGGUAGAUGCUAUGGAGGACCAGGGUCUGACCCGUAAGAAGGUCGUGAAAGUGGUGCGACGUGUUGUCAGAAAAGUCUUACCCAGAGAAGAGGACGAGGCCCCUGUGACAUCAAAACCAUCAGGGAAGGUGCCUGAAGCAGCCAAACCAGUUACUGAACUAGUUAAACCAGUACAAGCACCAGCUCCAGUGGCCCCCAAGGCCCCUGCAGUGUCAGGGUUCUCAUUUAAACAUGAUGUCAUCAAAACAGAGGACAAAGAUGACUUUUCGCGAGGAUUGACGAACUUCAUGGUCAGAGGAAGGACAAGGGAGCCCCGCCCACGAAUACGCAAGGAUGACCGCCCAGAAAGAAUGGAGCUGGAGAAGAAAAAUGAGAACAAAGAAGAACAAGCUGAGCCAGAAGAGAAGAAAGAGGAUAAAAUGCUUACACAGCCUCAGCAAGUCAGUCAAAGGCCUGCUGCUUCUGGCCCAGUCACUCAGGAAGUCAAAUCUUCUGUGGUGGCUUUGAAACAAACUAAUAAAACACCUGAGCCCUCUGCUCCAGCACCUUCCAAACCUACUCAUUCCAGACCUACGUCUUUCCCCACAGUAUCUGGCUUCAUCCCACCUCCAAAGCCCUCGUCUUUGGCUCCCCCUCCUGGCUUUGUGCCUGCACCGAAACCAGCUACUGCCACAAAAAUCGCUCCUGUGAAUCCUCCCUCUGCCAGCCCAGUGGUGCAAAAAGCCGCCAUCCCAUCCCCCCAAUCACGUAUUGUCCCACCUCCUAAACCCUCUCCAACUCUUGUGAGCCCUGAUCCUCCCCGCUCCAGACCUGGUCCAACACGCCCUGCCCCUGUUCUUAUUCCCGUCCAACAACCAUCCGUCAGUCAACAAGAGGAGGCGCCGCUCAGUCCCACCGAAGAGGCUCAAAGACGCCUGAUGAGGAUCUUCAGUGCUCCUGGAUCAGUGGAAGAAGACCCUGUGACUCUCCUUCAGGCAUCUCAUGCUGCAGCUAAACAGUCCAAGGUCAAGACAGAAGAGCAGAUUGCAGCUGAGCAGGCCUGGUAUGGAUCAGAGAAAGUCUGGCUUGUACACAAAGAUGGAUUCUCCCUGGCCACCGUGGUGAAGACGGACACUGGCUCCCUACCUGAGGGGAAGGUGAAAAUCCGACUGGAGCAUGAUGGGACAUUACUGGAUGUAGAUGAAGAUGAUAUAGAAAAGGCCAACCCUCCCUCAUAUGACCGCUCAGAGGAUCUGGCGUCUCUGCUCUACCUGAAUGAAUCAAGUGUGAUGCACUGUCUGAGACAGCGCUACGGGGGAAACCUCAUCCACAGCAACGCCGGACCCAACAUGGUGGUCAUCAACCCCCUCAGCACGCCCUCCAUGUACUCUGAGAAGGUGAUGCACAUGUUCAAAGGCUGCCGACGUGAGGACUCAGCUCCUCACAUCUAUUCUGUUGCCCAGUCGGCCUACAGAAACCUUCUUACCACUCGGCAGGAUCAGUCCAUCGUGCUUCUGGGAAAGUCUGGCAGUGGAAAGACCACAAACUGUCAGCACUUGGUCCAGUACCUGGUCUCCAUUGCUGGAAGCACAGGCAAAAUCUUCUCAGCUGAAAAGUGGCAGGCUGUCUACACCAUCCUGGAGGCCUUUGGAAACAGCUCCACGUCCAUGAAUACCAACGCCAGCCGCUUCUCUCACGUGGUCUCCCUCGACUUUGACCAGGCAGGGCAGGUGGCCUCUGCCUCCAUCCAGACGAUGCUGUUGGAGAAGCUGAGGGUGAGCAGACGACCUGAGGCAGAGUCUACAUUCAACGUCUUUUACUACAUGAUGGCUGGAGCUGACAGCAGCCUCAAGACUGAACUGCAUUUUAAUCACUUGGCUGAGAACAGCGCUUUUGGGAUCAUCCCACAGUCAAAGCCUGAGGACAAGCAGCGUUCCUCCCAGCAGUUCACGAAGCUCCAGGCAGCUAUGAAAGUGCUUGGCAUCUCCACGGAUGAACAGAAGGCCCUGUGGCUUAUCCUGGGGGCCAUUUAUCACCUGGGGGCUGCAGGGGCCACCAAAGAUGGAGAUGAAGCUGGUCGUCGUCAGUUUGCACGUCAUGAGUGGGCUCAGAAGGCAGCCUACCUGCUUGGGUGCACCUUAGAGGAGCUGUCAUCCUCCAUCUUUAAACAUCAAGCCAAAGGACUUCAGCACUCCACCUCCUUCAGAGGAGGGUCGGACGAGGCCGGACAAGGUGACAGCUCAGGCUCUAAGGUCACUGCUCUGGAGUGUUUGGAGGCAAUGGCAUCUGGACUCUACUCGGAGCUCUUCACUCUCGUCAUUUCCCUCAUCAACAGAGCUCUGAAGUCCAGUCAGCACUCUCUCUGCUCCCUCCUCAUCGUUGACACGCCGGGUUUCCAGAACCCUCGCCUAGCUCAGCAGCAGCGAGGAGCCACAUUUGAGGAGCUCUGUCACAACUACACCCAGGAGAGACUGCAGACGCUCUUCCAUGAACGCACCUUCGUCCAGGAGCUUGACAGAUACAAGGAGGAAAACAUAGAGCUUGCUUUAGAUGACAUAGAGUCCAGUACGUCUCUGUCUGUAGCAGCUAUUGACCAAGCCUCCACACAAGCUCUGGUUCGUACUCUGGCCAGGACGGAUGAGGCACGGGGUCUUCUGUGGCUAAUGGAGGAGGAGGCGGUUCAGCCUGGAGGAUCAGAGGAGACGAUGCUGGACAGACUCUUUAGCUACUAUGGCUCUGUACAGGGAGACAACAAGGGAGCCAAUCUGCUGUUGCGAGGGGAGAAACCCCUUCUCUUCCUGUUGGGUCACAGCCAUGGAACAGACUGGGUAGAGUACAACGCUCAGGGCUGGCUGAAUCAUGCCAAGAACAACCCCGCCGCCCAGAACGCUGCCACACUGCUGCAGGACUCCCAGAAGAAGAACAUCAGCGGUCUGUUCAUGGGCAGGGCCAGCGGGGCCACGGUACUGUCAGGCUCCAUUGCAGGACUGGAGGGAAGCUCUCAGCUCGCCCUGAGACGAGCCACCAGCAUGAGGAAGACAUUCACAACAGGCGUUGCUGCAGUGAAGAAGAGGAGUCUGUGUAUCCAGGUCAAGCUACAAGUGGAUGCUCUGAUCGACAUGGUGCGCCGCUCCAGGGUUCACUUUGUCCACUGUCUGCUGCCCAAAGCUGAGGCGGUGGGUGGAGGAGGUGAGCCCAGAGUGACCCACGGAGAGAGCUCUGACUCAGGCCUUAUGACUCUGGACGUGGGCCUCCUGAGAGCUCAGCUCAGAGGAUCCAAACUGCUGGAUGCUCUGCGGAUCUACAGACAAGGAUAUCCCGACCACAUGGUGUUUUCUGAGUUCAGGAGGAGAUUUGACGUACUGGCUCCACAUCUGACAAAGAAACACGGACGUAACUACAUUGUGACGGAUGAGAAGAGGGCGGUGGAGGAGCUGCUCGAUUCGCUGGAGCUGGAGAAGAGCAGCUACCACAUGGGACUGAGCCGGGUGUUCUUCAGAGCGGGGACUCUCUCCCGGCUGGAGGAGCAGCGGGACAUACAGACCAGGAGAAACAUUACUCUGUUCCAGGCUGCCUGCAGGGGAUACCUGGCCCGACAGGCUUUCAAGAAGAGGAAGAUUCAGGAUCUGGCCAUCCGCUGCAUUCAGAAGAACAUAAAGAAGAACCGAGGUGUUAAAGACUGGCCAUGGUGGAAGCUGUUCACCACCGUCAGACCACUUAUUGAGGUGCAGCUCACUGAGGAGCAGAUCCGCGGCAAGGAUGAAGAGAUCCAGCAGCUGAAGCAGAAAUUAGAGAAGGUGGAGAAAGAGAGAAACGAGUUAAGACUGAACACAGACAGACUGGAGAGCCGGAUCACAGAGCUGUCGUCAGAGCUGGCUGAUGAGAGAAACACCGGGGAGUCAGCAUCUCAGCUGCUGGAGACCGAAACCUCUGAGAGACUACGUCUGGAGAAGGACAUGAAGGACCUGCAGACAAAGUUUGACAGCAUGAAAAAGCAGAUGGAGUCCAUGGAGAUGGAGGUGAUGGAAGCUCGGCUCAUCCGGGCGUCUGAACUCAACGGAGAGAUGGAUGACGAUGACACAGGAGGAGAGUGGAGGCUGAAGUACGAACGAGCCAUCAGAGAGAUCGAGUUCACCAAGAAGAGACUACAGCAGGAGUUUGAUGACAAGCUGGAGGUGGAGCAGCAGAACAAACGGCAGCUGGAGAGGAGGAUCAGCGACCUGCAGGCCGAUAACGAGGAGUCCCAAAGAAACAUCCAGCAGCUGAAGAAGAAAACCCAACGACUGACAGCCGAGCUGCAAGACACUAAACUGCACCUGGAGGGCCAACAGAGCCGCAACCACGACCUGGAGAAGAAGCAGAGGAAGUUUGACAGUGAGCUGAGUGCAGCGCAGGAGGAGGUGCAGAGGGAGAGGAGCCUGAGGGAGAAACUGGCCAGAGAGAAAGACAUGCUGAGCGGAGACGUCUUCAGCCUCCGACAGCAGCUGGAGGACAAAGACCUAGAGUACUGUGCGGUCAACCUGAAGGUGGAUCAGCUGGAGGCCGAGCUGCAGGACCUCAACUCCCAGGAGUCCAAGGAUGAAGCAUCGCUGGCCAAGGUGAGGAAGCAGCUUCGGGACAUGGAGGCGAAGGUGAAGGACCAGGAGGAGGAGCUGGACGAGCAGGCAGGCACCAUCCAGAUGUUGGAGCAGGCCAAGCUGCGUCUAGAGAUGGAGAUGGAGCGUCUGCGUCAAACUCACUCUAAAGAGAUUGAGAGCAAAGACGAUGAGGUGGAGGAGAUCCGACAGUCCUGCAGCAAAAAGCUGAAGCAGAUGGAAGUCCAGCUGGAGGAGGAGUACGAUGAGAAGCAGAAGGUGCUAAAAGAGAAGAGAGAGCUGGAAUCUAAGCUUCUGACUGCACAGGAUAAGGUGAGAGGAGGCGAUGCAGAGACAGAAAAGCGUCUGAGGAAGGACCUGAAGAGAACCAAAGCUCUGCUGGCCGACGCCCAGAUCAUGUUGGACCACAUCAAGAACAACGCACCCAGCAAAAGGGAGAUCGCCCAGCUCAAGAACCAGCUGGAGGAGUCUGAGUUUACCUGUGCGUCUGCAGUCAAAGCUCGUAAGUCCAUGGAGGUGGAGAUUGAGGAUCUACACGUUCAAAUGGAGGACAUCUCAAAAACCAAACAAGCGCUGGAGGAGCAGCUGAGCCGUGUGCAGAGGGAGAAGAACGACCUGCAGUCCAGGAUGGAGGAGGACCAGGAGGACCUGAAUGAACUCAUGAAGAAACAUAAAGCUGCUGUGGCACAGUCAGCUCAGAACUUGGCUCAGAUCAGCGACCUGCAGGCCCAGCUGGAGGAGGCCCUCAAGGAGAAGCAGGAGAUUCAGGAGAAGUUGCAAGGGCUUCAGAGCCAGCUGGAGUUCCAGGAGCAGUCCAUGGUGGAGAAAUCCCUCGUGAGCCGGCAGGAGGCGAAGAACCGUGAGCUGGAGACCAAGCUGGAGUUUGAGAAGACACAAGUCAAACGCCUGGAGAGUCUUGUUGCUCGCCUGAAGGAGAACCUGGAGAAGCUGACUGAGGAACGAGAUCAACGCAGCAGCAGCGAGAACCGAGAGAAGGAGCAGAGCAAACGUCUGCAGAGACAGAUCCGAGACAUCAAAGAGGAGAUGACUGAACUGGCCAAGAAGGAGGCAGAGGCCAGCCGCAAGAAACACGAGCUGGAAAUGGACAUUGAGAGCUUAGAAGCCGCAAACCAGAGCCUACAGGCAGACCUCAAGUUGGCUUUCAAGAGGAUCGGUGAUCUUCAGGCUGCCAUUGAGGACGAGAUGGAGAGUGAUGACAAUGAAGACCUCAUCAACAGUUUGCAAGACAUGGUGGCAAAGUAUCAGAAAAGACAGAACAGAACUCAGGGGGAUUCAGACACAGACUCUGAGUUGGAGGAUCGUGUGGACGGGGUGAAGUCCUGGUUGUCCAAAAGCAAAGGUUCAGCCAAGAACCUUUCAGAUGACGGCAGCCUUAAGAGCUCCAGCCCCACUGGCCGAAGACGCUACUACUUCAGAUCAGACGAAGAAGAGGAAGAAGAAGAAAAAGAAGAAGGCGGGGCGACCCCGGGCUCCUACUACUCCAGAUACAGAUACAGCAGCCAGUUAAAAGAUGAUGAUGGCGAGGGCAUGCCUUAUGAGAGCACGUCAUAGUCCUUGAUGACUGCGUGCAUGCCCAUUCAUCUGAGACUGUUAGCAUGCAAAGACAACCUAAAGAUGGGGUCGGUCAGGCAUUUACAAUCCUGCAGGAAAAAUUCAGACACUGUAGAUGCUAAAACAGUAAAAUCAUUGCAGGGUUUGGUCAUUUUUUUGUUACAUACAGUCAGUGUGAGCUCACUGCACUCUCAGCAGCUCCGUUUUAUUGCCUGCUGGUUGCAUGCAUGCAGCAGAUAAACUCCAGUUAUCAUGGUUAUAACUGAGCCAAAGAACUAAAGGUUGCAGUGCUAAAAGAUUUCCUCUCUCUUGCUUUGUUUGUCUCUCUUCUUCACAUAUUAAACACCACAAUAACAUGUAUUACUAUUGUACAAUGUAUUGCCAAAAAGCCUUUGUUUGAAUCUGUGUGCACUCUUUACUUAUUGCCAAUGGAGUCCUGGGAGAAGUCCCAGCCUUUUGUUUCUUCUUCUUUGUUUUUCUGGAUAAGUGCCAUUGCAGACACAGCUGGCUUGUCAACAGCUGUUGUUCUGUACGCUGAACACUCUCUCAUCUUCAUCUGCUCACCUUUUGUUUGCUUGCAGUUUUUCUGCCUUUUGCUGGCAAAUUAUCUCCUCUUUACAGGGGACAAGGAUUGCAUCAGUAUCUGCUGCGAAGUCUUUUUUCUCCAUUUGAAUCUUUAGUUUUUGAUGUUUGACACUUUUUGUUGUGCAGAGGACUGCUGUCAGGCUAAUUGAUUUCCCUGAGGUUUACCUCUGUGAAACGCUUUGUCUUACUUCUAUUUGACUAAAAACUUGCCACAAUUCUUCAGUGAUGACAAGACUCUGUCCUCAUGCUUUUCUUUAAUGUGCCGUCUGUGUUUUAAGUGUGAUGUGCUUCCUUUUCUAAAGGGAAUGUACUUGACGUUAUGCACCACUUAUUUAAUGGUUUCUCACAAAAAAAAAACCUCAGAGCAUAUGGGAUCCUCAACCAGCAUGUUAGAGGCACAGACUGGUGUCAUUCUACAGUUUUCUCUUUGGCAUCAAAUCACAUGGGAAUACCCAAAUUUCCAUUCUGUUUUCAUCCCUUUUGGGAAUGUUUUUAGAGCAUUUAUCCAGUGUCUUUCUCUCCUAAACCACAUAGAAUACAUUUUAUUAUGACUACAUGCCCUAAAACAACUGGUUUUAUCUUUAAAGUGGCUUUUUCCAACUAAUGUAUGAAGGUAGGGUCUGUAAUUUCUUUGGUUGUGGUGUAUUUAUAAGUUUCUUCACACUAGACAUAACACAUGUAAUAAGACAUAUGAUAAUAUUUAAAUUUAGGGAAAAUUUUAAAUGGACUUAAAAGCAGGGGCAUUUAUGAAGUAGAUAGUACAAUACAUCUAAUAUGACAAUUUGUAUUUUAACAUCUAAAAUUAUGAAAGAUGUGAUUUCUACAUACAUAAUGUGUUGCAUUAAGGUGUGUAUAUAUAUAUUCCUCUGAAACCUUCUGUGAGCUAUUUCCACAGAUGCACUUCUAAAAAUUUCAGGUGGACUGCCACUCAAAUGUCCUGAGUUUGUGUUUUUACACAUUCACCUCACAGUGGGAGAUUUUUCCUGUCCAAAAACAAGGGGUGGGCAGGUGGGUGGGAGGUCUAAGGAAGCAAUAUAGGACAUUAAAAGAACAAUGCAGUACUGGUAAUGCUAAGUAGAGUUACGGUAGAGUCACGGUAUUAUCAAUGAGUAGAAAAGAAUAUACUGACAAACAGAAAACAAGUAUGCACAGGGACCUUUAUGGAAAUAAACGUUAUUACCCUAACUUCCGUCUGCAUUGACACAUCAGACACCCUGGCUUCAUGUAGCCAUUAUACAAGGGGUUACCUGAAAAGACUGGUUGAAUAAUUCUGUAAUUUAUGUUUACAUCAAGGUUAUCAAGUUAACCAAAACUAUCAAAAAACUAAAACUAAAAACUAAAACUAACUAAAACUGCAUUGUGUGCUUACAAAACAACCCUUGCAAAAUAAAAUGAAAUCAAGAACAAAAUAUCCCUAGUUGAGGUCUUUGACAGCCAUAUACUGACUGACAUGAAAUGCCCAAGCCAGGGGAUUGAGUUGAAAUCAAAUAUGGAUAAAUAAAUAAAAAGUGAAGAGUAGCCCAUUUGAAAGUGUUUUUUAAAAAUACAUGUUUGCUUUUGCAGGCCCUUUUGGUUCUCACCUGUAACAAGUGUCUAAAAACUAAAACUAACACCAAAACAAAUUAGAACAACUAAAACAAAGCAUUUUUGCAAAACAAAAACUAAACGAACAAACAAGCAUUAAAAACUCAUUCAAACUAAACUCAAAUUGAAAGCAGAAAGUAAAAAGGAAAUAAAAACUAAUGAAACAUCCAGAACUGUUAAAACCAUGGUUCACAUAUGCCAGAGUUUUGUGCCCAUGUGACAGGGGGUUUAAGGUGAAAGACUUUCCCUGUCAGACAGAUGGGGGGAGAUCUCAUGAGGCUAGAGACAGGUUUUUUUUAAAUCUUGAUUAACACUAUCAGAAGCUAGACAUAUUCAUGAAUGAGUGAUGAAGGAGACACUAGCAAGCAGCUUCACUACAAGAUCAAAGAUCACACCGAUAGUGUGAUAUUGAUAUCAUCACCUCACCUGCUUGUGGUGGAUUUUCCUGAAUAUGUCCUCACAUCUGCUCAUCCUGACUUUUUCCUGAAAAAGUCUUGAUCUAAAUUUGACCAUGUGCAUUCACACAUACAGCCCACCCUAAAGAUUUAGGGACAUUUUAGGAGUUUUGUCCAUGUGUGAAAACACCAAUAGAUAGGGUAGCCACCAUAGUUACUUAGCAUAUACAUGUUGGAUAUAUAACUUACUAUCAUAACGUGGUUUUAUGUAAAUAUAACCAAAAUGUGACUUACUUUGAAUAUUUAUAAAUAAGGGCCCACAUCAAUUUUUCCUAAACUUCCAAAUGCAAUAUUCUUAAUUAGGUCUGUUCUUUGUCUUAGAAAAUACAAACUGGUUUAGAAAACCAAAAUGUGCAGUUAUUUAGACCUCUGCUGAGUGCUGUUGUCCUGCUCUUGGUGCAAAAAUUGUCAAUGAUAUCAAUGACAUCAACGUAUAUUGCUGCGUUUUUCCCAGUAUGACCAAGACUGGAUCCCUUUUUCCUCUUGACCAGCCGCCAUUUUUUGCAAAUAAAGGACCUAGAUGAGAAUAUUUUAUUUGCAAGUUUAGAAAAAUGUGUGUAUGAUCUUAGGAUAAAGUGACCCAGAGAAGCAUAUAUUUGCAGUCGACUCUUAACUUCUACAUAGCUGUAUAGGAAUGUCAUCCAAAGCUCAUAAAAAUAAAGUAUUUUGUGGCGCACUUAGGAAUAAUUGCAAACUUCUCCCCCUUGCGAAACAGACACCUAAAAAGUCAUUACGUUUUGGGCUGCUUUGCAAACUGUUCUAGUAGACGUCUUGUUAGUUAGAAUGAGUCACUCCUGCAAGCAGAUCUUCUCUUAUUUUGAAUCGAUUCUAAUUAUUCUCAGAUUGAUGUUCUUUUCAUGGGUUUUGAUGUGAAUGUGAAACAUGUAGAAAGUCACCAGCCUCCUCUCUAAAGGCCUCGUUUGGUACUUUAACUGUAUCUUCAUGAACUGGACACACUAAAGCCUGUUUAAUAAUACUGUGAACUCCUGCUCUCUAUGUGAGUGAGGCUUGUUUGUCUGUGUUAAACCCCGAGAUGCCUCUAACAGCAAGAACAAAGGAACCUGCAUCUUCAUGGUCUCUGACAUCACUUCCUGUGCUCAUGUGUCUGUUAUUCACUUAGUGGCAUUACGGUAGUAUUGAAGCCAUUUAAAGUCCAGAAGUGCUUUUGGGGCUGAAUUUAAAAAAAAAAAAAAAAAAAGUGGAUGUAGUUAGUUGUGGGAGAUGUUGAGUGUGAUUCUCUUACACAUGCUUUUUGUAGACUCUUCAUUUUUAUUCUCUAUGCAGUCGACACACGUGUGGAAAUGUGUUUUUGACCCUUAAAGUGUCUGACUUUAACAAAGAAACAACAAAAAAACAAAGAAGCAGACAUAAUAUUGCUGACUGCACACAGUAUUUAUAUAUAAAUAUGUGUAUGAUUCAUGCUAGCUUUGAAAAUAGUUCAUGUUUAUUUUCAUUAUUGAACAAAUUGACCACUUGUUAUAAAUUUUGCAUUACAGUUUAAUAUAUUGUAAAUAAAUGAUGGUGAUUGUUUUAAAAAGCC